AUGGAAGAGCUGUAUCACAACUACAAAAAUGCAGUAAACUUCUUUCUAGGGCUUGCCCUGCUAUUUGAACGGGGUCUAGCUUAUGAUGGAACUGAUUAUCUUUCAUUUUCUUUGUGGGAUAAAUACAUUGAAUAUGAGUAUCAACUACAUAAAUGGUCGAAUCUUGCCAUGAUUUACACACGGAUAUUGGAGAUUCCUAAUCAGCAGUUGGAUCGGUAUUUCAACAGCUUUAGGGAAUUAGCUGCUAGUCGCCCUUUAUCAGAACUGAGAACAGCUGAAGAACAUGAAGCUGCAGCAAGGGCAAAAGGGGAAUUCAAGAAUCAAGAAAGUGAGGGGUAUAUGGUUUUAGUUGAAGGUGAAGAUGAACAAAGCUCCUUAUCUUCAGUUUGCUUCUUGCUUCCAAUGCUAUGCCAGAUAACAAUGGAGAUUGAUGGAUGUCGGUUAAUAGCCUCUUCUGGAGCAUAUAAAGCAGUGGUGGAGUGUCUAAUUAGGUUGGUUGAAGAAGAUGGUGGGACAGUUGAGCAGAAUGGUCCCAUUUUCUUGGCAUGUGAUACCAUUUUAAAUCUUCUUUUAAAGAGAGAGGAGAUUGGGGUCCACAUGGAUGAUUCUUAUUUUAUCAAGUUGUUGGGGGUGCUGUCAUCAUGGGCAGAGGAUGAUGUUGACUGGAACAUUAACAAGCCGAUGCAGAUCUUGUUCAAAUAG